AAUAUUGUUUAAUAAUGUUUUUUCUAUCAAAUUCAAUAUUAAAGGCAUUGGAAGGUCUCCUUACGAAGCAAUGUUUGGGUGCAAAGCAAGAGUUGGAUUAGCAUCAGUAGGCAUUCCAGUAGACGAACUUUGUAAUUUAAGUAUGGAAGAAGAUAUUGAAAAAAUAAUGCUACAGCCCGAAAACAAUGAGGAUAAUGAGAUCAGGGACGAGAACAGUGAAAAUAAUGAAAUCGGAGACGAGAAAUGUCUUGUCAACAAACGUCAAGAAAAUAUUACAAAUGAAAGAAAUAAUUCAAUUCAAUGUUUAAAAAAGCAAGCAGAAAGGAUGACGACACAAUCAAAUAAAAAAUAUCAAGAGUUGGAAGUCGGAACAACUGUCCAUCCCCACGCAAUUUAUUAG